AUGAACCAGCCCGCCCAGCAUCGUUCCGCCUACGAACGCUACCCCUUCCUGACCCCUGAGGAAUUCGCCGAAGCAUGCCACUAUCUCGAUCGCAAGUACUGCCAGGCUACCCUAGGUGCUCUCCGGAAAGAAUGGCGCCUCCACGUCCACAACGCCCUGGACAGUUCCUAUGGACAUCACGACGGCCUGAUCACUUUCUUGCAGAUCACUAGGUCGCUGGAGGAUAGGGCAGUCGACCACGACCUGGCCGCCCAGCUGGGCAGUAUCAACCUGGCCGGCCCAACUACGACAGCUGACCAGAUGAUGGUCGAACUGGAGGAGUCAGACAAGGAGGUUCUUCCUAUCUCAUCCAGGACCAGGGCAUCCAGAGCCAGUUUCCAAGCGCGCCAUGUCGUUUAUGAGAUUCAUCUUCAUCCGACCUAUCAAGCGCCGUGUCUCUGGUUUAGCCUACAUAACCUGCCCUUCGGCCAAUCCGCCAUGGACAUCGAAACCGUCUUCCGAUGGUUGGUUCCAAACCAGUUCGAGAAUGCUCUCCGAGGCCAAGGCCCCAUCGGCGGCAUUUCAAUCGACCAUCAUCCCGUCACCGGCGUACCGACCUUUUUCGUCCAUCCCUGUCUGCUCGGAGACGCCAUGACUGGCUUUGACUGCUCCAAAGAAGAUUACCUCAUGGUCUGGCUCGGUUUGGUCGGAGGAUGUGUCGGGCUCUGGGUCCCGAAAGAGAUGGCCAUGACUAUUGGAGCCUGA